AUGGAGAUAAGAGCGCGAAAUAAUAUUUUCAGCAGGCAGGCAGCCCGUAAAGCAGAAGCAGCAUCAUCUCAUUCCAAACGCGACCCCAUCCACGCACGCACGCAGCCAGAGCCAGACCCCGCGCACGCACACGCACACGCACACGCACACGCACACACGCACGCGGCGGCGAGGGCCUCAACGGUCUGCCCCACUCAUCAGCCCAGCCCACACUGCACUGCGCGCAAGCACCACACUGCACGCACGCGCGCGGCGUACCGCUCUAAAUUAUCCACACCUAAUCGCGCCCCCUCAUCUGCAUCUCAUCUCCAUCUCUAUCUCCCCGCACAGGCCACACACCAGUGCCUCCUACACAACGCGGCCGCUGCCGCCGUUGCCAAAAACCCAGACAAGAAAAAAGCGCAAAUCACAAAAACAAACAAACACACCACCGUCGUCGUCGUCGUCGUCGCCGUCACAGUAGUCACCAACGCGCGCGCAACGCGCUUGGGGCAGGCCCCGCGCAUGUGCGCGGCUGGGAAGAUGCAAGAUCUACGCGAAGAAGACAAGACUUUUCUGAGAGGGGAGGAAGGAUGGGACAAGGUGGGGAGUGCAACGAAGCAGAAGGAUAGGUAGAUUUGUCAACGGUAUUAGAGAAGGGGGGGAGUAACACUAGCAGCAAAAAGCAGCAGUAGUAUAGUAGUAGUAGUAGUGUAAUGCUCUUGAACAACGCAAGAGGCUUUUUUGAAUCGCCUGGAUGCAGUAUAAGAGAGAAAGGGGGCCGCCCCGAAGGUGGUGUCGAGCGUGGCUCGAGAGCCGGCCAGUCCUUCAGGGUCGGCCCCGGUCGUCGGCGGUCGUGACGCGAAGCAAGCAAGCCCGCAGGGCAACCGCGCCGCGGAUUUAAGCGCGCGGGGUGAAGGCAAGGUGGCAAUCAUC